GGGCCCCCGGGCAAUAGGGGAUCAUGGGGCCCCUGUAUCCUUGCCCAAACUCAAAAAAGCCUAUAAAAAGGUAUCAUGGGCAUCUCAUGGGGCCCCCUACUGAUCUCCCUAAAAUAAAAUUUGAUCUAACUGCUGUAUGAUGUUUUCCAAGUCUGUGACUCAGAACAGGGGCGGACUGACAACUCAUGGGGGCCCCCGGGCAAUAGGGGAUCAUGGGGCCCUUGUGUCCUUGCCCACACUCAAAGCACACCCAAAAAAGCCUAUAAAAAGUACCAGGGGAAUUUCAUGGGGCCCCAUACUGACCCUGGGACCUCGGGCAGUGCCCGAGUGCUCGAAUGCUCAGCACAUCCUUGAC